AUGAAUUAUUUGAAGAAAAAAUUAAAAUUGAGUCAAAAGGCAAAGCAUGACGACGACGACGAAUACGAGAAUUACAUCCCAGUUGUACCGCCACAUCCUUCCACACUAAUCGCCGCACAGACCGCCGCCAACUCUGUCGGCUCCGCAAGUCAUCCAGUGUUCAUCACUCAACCAAAUGGUGAUCCCUCGCAACCACUACCGGGCAUAACAUCUGACGCCGCGCCACAGGAACCGCAGAUCAGUACCGAAGAGCUACUGAAACAACUGAAGGAAAAGGAGUUCAUUCGUCGACAGGAAGAGAAGGCCAAACUCGCCGCACAGGAAAAGGAGAAACAAAAUCGCGAGGACUGGAAGUUCUUCUUGAAUUUGACGGCAAAAGUCGAGGACAUCACUAAUAAAACUCAAAGUGCUUUAGAGAAACUUAAGGACACUUCCGCUGUCGACGAGAUUAAGAGUCCGGUUCACGAGGGACUCGAAUAUGUCGAGGAGCCAGACAUUGUGGUCGUGAAGGGCGCCGGCAGUUGGGUUGCAUUCAGCGAAGACGGUCACGCAUUCUCACCCCAACCACAAGAUCCCGAAAACAAAGAGAACUGCGAAACAAAGCCAACGAAAACUCCUCAACAGAUUACCGAAGAGUCGCUGAAAAAGGUGGCCGAAGUGGCCAUACCCGACACCACACACUCAUCGCAACUAUUAGACGACUUUGGCUUCAAUAAGGAGCCCGAAGUCAUACCCGUCGCCUACCAGCCCGUCCUCUUCGAAGAGGAGGACUAUUUGGACGAUCCCUUCGACACCUCUUUCGUGAACGUGUCGACAGUCGCGCCCAAAGCGGCCGCAGAACUCAUACUAUCGACAAACUCUUGUAGCAAACCAUUGGACACCGGCUGUGACCAGGACUUAGAGCCGGACCCGUUUGACACGGCAUACCUCGACUGUACUAUUAGUGGUCAAAGUGUUGUGAAACCCAACUCCAUAGACAUCAGUCCCAUCGAAACACCCAAAACUUGUCCCGACUAUUCCACCAGAAUAUCCCGCUGUUCAUCACGUGAUAGCAUUAUGUCGAACCCAUUCCUUCAGGAUUAUAACGACUACUACACGCCAUACGCUUCCGGAGCGCAUACACCUUAUUCGGGGACGACAACCCCGAAACGGCGCAACUCUACGAACCCUUUUGAACAGUCGCCGGAAGAAGAGGUGAAGGAUGUGCUGAGUGGGGGUCACUCGCCGGUGGCCACAGCCAUCGCCGACAUGACCGCAGACUUUUACAACGCAAUCAACGCCACCGCCUACGAGCCACCGGCGCCCGACUCGGCGUACAAGCCGUCGCCAUCGGUGGCCAAAUCGGCGGUCGACGCGACGCAACCGCAGCAGCCGUUUGAUCCGUUCGCCACCAUUCACGACGACGACACUCCCAAACGCCAGUCGGUCACCGACGACAUGACCACCGGCGCCACAAUUGGUGCCAAUAAAGUGCUGUCGCCUGACGGCGGCGACCCGUUCGCAGCCCACGACAUCAUUAGCCCCGACUCGCCGCCGGUGUUACCGCCGCCCGACCACUCGCUGCUGGCGGCCAUCAGCGACCAAAACGACUAUUUAAGCGAUUUGUCGGACGUCGAGGACAACGCCGACAAAGACUUUCAAAAUGAUAUCAUUUCUAAUAAUAAUAACAAUACAGUCAACGGCUCUAACGGUUCCCGAAGAAGAAGUAGUGCCUUUCAAAUGGAAUUAUUAUCAGGUGAUAAGAACUCGCCGGCGCCCACCUUCGAGCCAUUGCCGGCCACUAAUAUACUACAGCGGAAACCAUCGCUUCCACCACAAGAGCCGCCCGAAGAGCUGAUCGACGUCUCGAACUCAUAUCAAUCGCCAAUCACUUCGACACAAAACCCAUACUUCGAUCCCUUUCAGACUGUCUUUGACAAAGACCCCGAAGAAGAUGUCACCGAAACAACUGUAUUCAACUCACAGCCCAUUGUGGCUGAGAUCACAAGAACCGAGAGCUUAGACAAGUCUACCAGAAGACGACUGUCCACUCAGGACUCCAUUCAGGACUCGGGUCAGCCCAACAAAGACGCCAUCGGUAUAGUGAACGACGCGUUUGACGAGACGCUGGCGGAGGCCGUCGACGGACAGGACCUGUCGGCCGACCGGGACGUCAGCGGCAGUGCAGUCGUCAGCAGUGGCGACGACUACUACUGCGGCGCCGACGCCGACAUCAGCGGUGCGCUCGACUCGCAGACCAGCGACGGAACCAAUGCUUUGCAUUCGGGAAGCGUGACGACCGUCGAGACGACCACAAACGCCGUGACCUUUGGGGCGACGACCGACUCGGGAGUGGCCGUUGUCUCACAGAUGGACGACAUCACGGACUGCGGGAAAGACCCGUUCGACACAUCAGAGUUCGAUUCGGCGGCCUUUGACGCCUUCGCCACCAAAUUCGACUCGACGUCCGGCGCCGGCACUGCCGACAACUCGACCGCCUCUUACGAUCCGUUCGCGUCGCCCCUCAGGAGCGCCAAAAAGACGGCGACGACAGCGACGACAGCCGCCGACGACUCGACAGAGGCCGACGUGUUUGACAUCUUCGACCCCUACGCCUCCCGGUCCGCCAUUAAGGCGCCGAAGAAUACGCCCGCGAAGAGCAUCAAAGACACCCAAAAGGACUCGUUUGAUGAGUACGGCGAGGACUCCGACAACUUGAGGAUAGUUAUCAGGGCUAAGAUGAAGGAGAAUAUCGGCGACAGUAAAGGACCGCAAUUGGCGCCACCACUACUGCCACCGCCGCCAAAACCAUCAAAAUUCUCGACCCUCGAGAACAUGGAUCUCAUGCCAGAAGAGGAUGCGGUGGUUGUGGACGAGUUCGAGGCGUUCUUCGGCGGCGGACAGCUGUCGGCGGCCGCCCAACAGGUAAUGCCGGCCGGCGGUGAACAGGAGUGGCCGACGGCUUUCGGUGAGGCGGCCUCCAAGAGAGCCGACUCCACGGAAUCGCCACAAACGCCACUCUUCGAUGAGGACACGUCUCAACCUCUGGAGGAGUUCCCCAAGAAGUACGAGGGGGACGGAUGGGAAAUGCUGUUGCGUUACCCCAACAAGAAGAAGCUGACGGCCACCCGGUGCUGGAAGAAGAUAUACGUCAAGUUCCUGACCGACACAUGUAUUUUCCAACUCUUCAACAAGAAGGAGGACAACAACCCCUUCCAGGAGACACCACUACAGGCCUCGUACUCCUUGUCCGACAUCUCCACACAACAGUACGACACGUUCGGCAAGAUUUUCACUAUUAAACUGCAGUACAUCUUCUAUCGGGAGAGGGUGGGCGUACGGCCCGGACAGAUAGCUAAGGUAAUGCAGGGCCAGAUCACGUCGAUGGGCCAGUUCGCCAAACUGGGGAUGCCUUUAGAGCACGCGCCCCAAGUGAGCGAGUUAUUCAAAUUGGGUUCAUUGAACUACACGGACCUCAAAGAGAUGCAACUCGUGGUGGAGGAGGCGCUCUUCAAGACGACGAUACACAGGGAUCGGGCGCUCACUUACAAGACAGAGGAGAUCCAGUGCUGCGUUCAGGACGAGCUCUAUGUCGAGCAAAACAAAAUGGGAAUCGUUUCCAAACAGUUGGCCAGAGUUCGCGUCUUCUUCCUGGCCUUUGUCAACGGAAUGCCUGUCAUCGAAGUGGGCAUCAAUGACCUGAAACGUCAGGGCAAAGAGGUGGUGGGCCGGCACGACAUCAUCCCAGUGGUGACCGAGGAGUGGAUCCGACUGGAGGCCUGGGAAUUCCACUGCUGUGUACAGCCCGAGGACUUUGAUUUGACACGAAUUAUAAAACUCAUACCUCCGGACGCCUGUCACUUCGAGUUAUUGCGGUACCGGAUACGACCCCCGCGUAAUCGGGAACUACCCCUACAAGUGAGCGCCAACAUGAAUAUCACGAAAUCCAAGGUGGAGAUCAAGUGCGACGUGUUGGUGCCCGGGUGUAUAUCUCGAAAGCACGGACAGAUACCGUGCGAAGACAUACAGAUCCGGUUCCACAUUCCCGAGUGUUGGAUAUACUUCUUCCGUACGGAGAAACACUUCCGAUACGGGGCUCUCAAGUCUGUCAAUAGAAGGGCCGGUAAAGUAAAGGGCAUUGAGAGGCUGUUGGGCACCACUCAGAACCCGGAGCCGCAGAUGAUUGAAGUGACCGCAGGUCAGGCCAAAUACGAACACGCGUUCCACUCCAUUGUCUGGAGAAUACCCAGACUUCCCAAAGAGGGACAGGGCGCCUACACGCAGCAGUUCUUAGUGGUACGCCUACCGCUCACCUCUUUCGAUCAGAUGCCGGAGUCGUUCUACGAGUUCGUUCACAUCGAGUUCCGGAUGCCGUCGACCACUGUCUCCCACACGACCCUCCGCUCAAUAUCGGUGACCAAUGAGAACCCGCCCGAAAAGUUUGUCCGAUAUUUGGCGAAAUAUGAGUAUAAAAUCGAGUUAAACAUCACGUAUGAUGAGAAGGAGGAGCCGGCUCAGUACGCGGCCAAUGUGCACGGGGGUGCCGGUGCUGUGGCCGCCCGUAAGCCGUCCGCCACCUCCAACGACGAGAAUAACGAGAAUAAGAUGGAGACGGAGGCCAAGAGUGAGAGCGAAGACAGCGACUAAUAAUAAUAUAAAUACAAACAUAAACUGCAAUAAUAUUGACAUUUAUUUAGUUAUUUAUUUUGAGGGCAUUUACGGGAACGGGAGGCCUCUUAUGUUCUCAUCAAUACAUUACAAGAAUUCCAGUGUUUUUCGUGUUAUAUUUUUGACUGUUUUUAUAGAAGUUGUUAUACAAGCAUAUAAUCAAUUCAUACCACAAAACAAUUGCAUUUAUUUAUUGUUUCAUUCACUUGUUUAAUAGUUUUCUGGUGCAGCAUGGUACAGUUAUUCGCAUAUAUUUAUUAAUUAUUAAAUAAUAUAUUAGCUAUUUAUUCAGUAUAUGAGACACGAAAUCCUACAAAUAUAGUGC